GAGAGAGAAGCGAUUUAAACAUAACCUCAAUUUCUAUCUCGACUUGACAGUAGACGACAUUCCCAAUAAUUUACUCUAUUUAAUUAAUAAUAUUUAACAAUGAAAAUAUAGGCUAUAUCUACAGGAAAAAUCGAAUAAAAAGUGAAUUUUGCAUAUCUCUAAGACGUAAAAAAUAACGAAUAUUAUAAAAUAUCAUUUCUAAUAGAUGUUAUUGUUGCUAAUUUUUUUAUUCACGUUAAUUACUUAUUGAAUGGCUUCAAAUGGCACCAUUAACGGAUUUACUUUCUUGCAGUGUAAUAGAAUAAAAAUUUCAGAGAAAGAUUGUAAUGGAGAUGUGUUGUGGACAUGGUCAUAUCCAGCAGUUACGGAAUCUCAGAAGACUGUAGUCACAAGAAAAUGCAAUUUGAAACUAGAGCAUACAUCCCCUCAUGUAUUUGUAUGUGCAAGGCAUGGGCAUAACUGGUUCUACAUACAUUGCAGCGAAGUAUUUGAUUCUGAUAAAUUACCGAAGGUAAAACAGUUUGCAUUGGUUCUCUUUGCAAAGGACUUUAAUCCACAAAAGUAUGAAGUACUUUCGCGAGUUCUUAGCAAGAUGUAUUGCAAAACUGGCAAGCCUACAGAGAUUUUGCAGUUAUACCUGUCUGUAUUCACUAAGGGAUCGUGUUCUACACAGGAGAAUGGAACAUUUGUCUCUGAUGAUUUCAAUACUCAUCGUUUCGCAGCUAAUACCAAUGUCAAAGAACUGAUUAAAACAUUCGAAUUAGAAACAAUAUUGAUAUAUACGGCUCUCUUAUUGAAAAAGAAAAUUAUUGUAUAUCAUCAUAGUUUGGAGCAGCUUCUUAAGUGGAUAAAAACAUUUCCUGCGUUGAUGAAGCACAGGAAGGUUACUGAUAAUCUUUUUCCCUGGAUUGACUUGGUCAACGAUGAGUUAAUUGAAUUGAAGAAAUAUUCGCACUAUGUGGCAGGCUGCAGUAAUAGCUCGAUAUCAUCAAGGAUAGAUCUGUACGACCUACUUGUAAACAUUCCUGCUAGAGAAAUUACUGUAGCACCACAUGCCAAAGAAAGUCUUACGAUGACGAAAACUCACAAAGAGAUAGCUUUGUUCAUGGUUCAAUUGUGCGAAAAUCAAAACUAUACAGAAGCACAAGUUAUAUCUGAGAUAUCUGACAAAACGCAAGAUCUUCUGAAUCAGUUAACUUCGUUAGCAACAGUGCAAACUCCAGAUGGCAAAAGAAUGAUCUCUGUUGAGAUAUUCAGAGAGAAAAACUUGGCACCAGCAGUAGAAAAUUUUCUUAUGAAUCUAGCCAUUGCCGAAAAUCUCUUUGUAUUAUGAUCAUUUUAACCAAAGUUUCAACGUAAUGGAGAAUGAGAAUAAGGAAUAAAAUGUAUUUAUAUUUAUCAUUUUGUCUUACAUGUUAAUAUAUAAAGAAUUUAUUUGUUAUAUUCUA